ACCGAAAUAUAUCACUUGAAAGUUUCGAUAUCCUCCACAAUCUCAAAGCUUGCUGCUUGGUUUUCAGUAAUGGCUUCUCUCCUCCGAUCCUUUACUCCUUCUACUACAAGGGUGUUUGCUGCAACAGCCGCCAAAGGUGCCGGCGGCAGCAAGGAGGAGAAAGGUCUGCUCGAUUGGAUUCUGGGAAACUUGCAGAAGGAAGACCAGUUCUAUGAGACUGACCCCAUUCUCAAGAAAGUUGAGGAUGGCAAGGCUGGUGGCACAACCAAUGCCCAGAAAGGCACCGUUGCAAUGCCACCACCAAAGAAGAAAGGUGGAUUUGGAGGACUCUUCGCCAAGAAAUGAAUGAGGGCCCUUUCAAUUCAAUUCUUGUUCUGUAUUUGCUGUUGAAAAUGCUUCCUUGAUGAUUCUUGAACGCUAAGUUUGUCAGCUUCAUUAAUUUCCUUCCUUUCUAAUGCACACUGCUUCUUUUUACCCCAUCAUCAUGUAUUCAUAUAAUGAUUUUUUUUUUUUUCUGAAUAUUUAUGUGGAUGACUGUAUUGUUAAAGAAAUUAUGAUUCUUACA